UCUCCCGCCAAACCCCCAUUAUAUUUCUCUCCGGAUCAUAUAUCGAUCUGAUCUUGGUUUGUUUCUUGCUUUGAUUUGGCUUUGAUUUGAUCUGCGUGACAAUGGUGAAGAUCUGCUGCAUCGGGGCGGGGUACGUGGGCGGGCCGACGAUGGCGGUGAUCGCGCUCAAGUGCCCCGACGUCGAGGUGGUGGUGGUGGACAUCUCGGCGCCGCGCAUCGACGGCUGGAACAGCGACAGCCUCCCGAUCUACGAGCCGGGCCUCGACGACGUCGUCAAGCAGUGCCGCGGCCGCAACCUCUUCUUCAGCACCGACGUCGAGCGCCACGUCGCCGAGGCCGGCAUCGUCUUCGUCUCCGUCAACACGCCGACCAAGACCCGCGGCCUCGGCGCCGGCAAGGCCGCCGACCUCACCUACUGGGAGAGCGCCGCGCGCAUGAUCGCCGACGUCUCGCGCUCCGACAAGAUCGUCGUGGAGAAGUCCACCGUCCCCGUCAAGACGGCCGAGGCCAUCGAGAAGAUCCUGACGCACAACAGCAAGGGCAUCCGCUACCAGAUCCUCUCCAACCCGGAGUUCCUCGCCGAGGGCACCGCCGUCCAGGACCUCUUCUCGCCAGACCGCGUGCUCAUCGGCGGCCGCGAGACCCCCGAGGGCCGCGCCGCCGUGAAGACGCUCAGGGACGUGUACGCGCGCUGGGUCCCCGACGACCGCAUCAUCACCACCAACCUCUGGUCGGCGGAGCUGUCGAAGCUGGCGGCGAACGCUUUCCUGGCGCAGCGCAUCUCCUCUGUGAACGCCAUCUCGGCGCUGUGCGAGGCGACCGGCGCCGACGUGGCGGAGGUGGCGAACUCCAUCGGGAAAGACUCGCGGAUCGGGCCGAGGUUCCUGGCGGCGAGCGUCGGCUUCGGCGGGUCGUGCUUCCAGAAGGACAUCCUCAACCUGGUGUACAUCUGCGAGUGCUACGGCUUGCCGGAGGUGGCGACCUACUGGCGGCAGGUGAUCCGGAUCAACGACUACCAGAAGAGCCGGUUCGUGAACCGGGUGGUGGCGUCCAUGUUCAACACGGUGGCCGGGAAGAAGGUGGCCGUGCUGGGGUUCGCGUUCAAGAAGGACACCGGCGACACCAGGGAGACGCCGGCGAUCGACGUGUGCAAGGGGCUCGUCGGCGACAAGGCGGUGGUCAGCAUCUACGACCCGCAGGUGACCGAGGAGCAGGUGCAGCGGGACCUGGCGAUGAACAAGUUCGACUGGGACCACCCGCGCCACCUGCAGCCGAUGAGCCCGUCGGCGGCCAAGCACGUCGCCGUCUCCUGGGACGCCUACGAGGCGGCGCGCGGCGCUCACGCCGUCUGCAUCCUCACCGAGUGGGACGAGUUCCGGCGGCUCGACUACCAGCGCAUGUACGACGCCAUGCACAAGCCGGCCUUCCUCUUCGACGGCCGCAACGUCGUCGACCCCGACAUGCUCCGCCGCAUCGGCUUCGUCGUCUACUCCAUCGGCAAGCCGCUCGAUCGCUGGCUCAAGGACAUGCCCGCCGUCGCCUGAUUUUUUUUCUUAAUUAACAUUAUAUUAUUUGAGCAUUAGUUUC